GGACUGCAUCUAUAAGCCACUUUUAAAGGACGACGGUGAUGGACUGGUAGAUGUUUCGGUCUGACUGCGCUUUAAUUGUGUUGUGGGGUUGCCAAGUGAUGCCGUAUUCAAGGAUCGUAAUCAUAUACUGAAAAAUAGGCUGGAUAAAGACGCUCCCCUGCGUGAAAACAGUUAGUUUGGCAUCAUCUCUGAAAACAUGGCAAUGUCCCUAACCCAAGCCUGCCGGAGUCUUGCCCUGUCUACAUGGCUGCUGUCGUUUUGCUUCGUGCAUUUGCUGUGUCUGGACUUCACAGUGGCAGAGAAGGAGGAAUGGUACACUGCCUUUGUCAACAUCACUUACCUGGAUCCAGUCACAUCUGAAAUAAAGACAGAUAAGAGUGAGUGUGGCAGAUAUGGGGAGCACUCACCUAAAAGAGAUGCCAGGGGCUUUGUCUUUAUGCCAUCUCUUCUGCAGGACAGACAGGUGUGUGACAGUAACACUAAAUUCCCCCUUCCCCAUCCCAGCAUCCCAUGGAUAGCACUGAUAGCCAUAGGAAACUGCACCUACAGGGAGAAGAUCAGACAUGCUGCUGCUCUCAAUGCAUCCGCUGUGGUCAUUUUCAAUGUGGGCUCCAGCAACUCCAAUGAGACCAUUACUAUGCCACAUCACGUCAAUUUUCUUUUACAAUAUCUGGCAACCUUCGCAUCCGACACCGUCAUAACAAGCGCAAAUGCUGCUGGGUGA